GUUUGGUACAGUUUCCUCACCGAAAACACAGCAACAGCAGCGUUAUCUGGCUCGUUAAAAUCUGCAGAACACGCCAGAUUUACGUGCUUUGACAUGGACAAUAGCGAGGAUGAGGUGGAAGAGGAUGAAACCGAGUGGAGGAGCGGUUUCGUGGACUCAGCACUGCUCAGCCCCGUUGCUGCUCCUGGUCCAAGCCUUAAUAAGACAUCAGGACCAACACCUGCACACAGAGUCAUUCUGCAUUUUGACCUGGACUGCUUCUAUGCUCAGGUGGAAAUGAUCAGAAACCCUGCACUGAGAGACAUCCCUUUAGGUAUUCAGCAGAAAUACAUCAUAGUCACCUGUAACUAUGUGGCGAGGGAGCAGGGUCUCACCAAACUGAUGUCUGUGACUGAUGCUAAGGAGAAAUGUCCUCAGCUGGUGCUGGUUAAUGGAGAAGACCUGACACACUACAGAGAGAUGUCCUAUAAGGUGACAGAGCUCCUCAUGUCCUACUGUCCACUGGUAGAGAGGCUUGGUUUUGAUGAAAAUUUCAUGGACGUCACAGAGAUGGUAGAAAGAAGGCUGGCACAGACACCAGAGUCUAACAAAUUUUCAUUUAAAGGAAACGUCUACAACCAUGUCAGUGCAGAUGUUACGGCCAGUGACUACCCGAGGCUGGCUUUAGGUUCACACAUUGCAGCAGAGCUGAGAGAAGCUAUCCACAGCAAACUGGGUCUCACUGGCUGUGCCGGCAUCGCCACAAACAAGCUACUGGCCAAACUGGUGUCUGGCACCUUCAAACCCAAUCAGCAAACCACCCUGCUCCCGGAGAACCUCAGCGAUAUCGUGGGCUGCCUGAGCAGUCUCCGUAAAGUCCCGGGGGUGGGUCACCAAACUGCUAAGAAACUUCAAGCCCUGGGAUUGGUCAGCAUCCAGGACCUGCAGCGCUUCCCUUUGAAUGAGUUGGUGACAGAGUUUGGAGGUCCCGUUGCCCAGCGCUUGAAGAAUCUGGCCAUUGGUGUUGAUGACUCACCUGUCACUCCUACUGGGGCCCCUCAGUCUCUCAGUGACGAAGACUCCUUCAAAAAAAUGUCAUCAACUAAAGAAGUUUUGGAAAAGAUUCAACAGCUCUUGAGCAGUCUCGUGGAAAGGAUGAAUAAAGAUGGCAGGCAGCCUCAAACCUUCCGGCUCACCAUCCGUAGAUACUCAGCGACCAACAAGUGGUUCAGUCGUGAGAGCCGGCAGUGUCCAAUUCCCAACCACAUAGGACAGAAGAUCAUCUCUGUGCCUGUGUUUUCCUGUAACAUCUCUGUAGGCAGCAGUGAUGAAGCUGUGGAGCAGCUGGUCCCGUUGGCCAUGAAGCUUUUCCACAAGAUGGUGGACAGCAGCGCCGCCUUCCACCUCACCCUCAUUAACGUGUGCUUCAGCAACCUGCAGACCAGGGGGGCUGCCGCCAGCGGAAAGGGCUCCAUAGCAUCUUUCUUCACACAUAGCACAUCUCCCAAAAGAACACAGAUCUGCACAUCACAAAGACAGGAUGAUUCCUCUCUGAGUGGGGAAAGUCACUGCAUGGAUCAUCAGCUCAGCGCACACAGCAGGAUUACUCCACGUACCACACAAAAUACAGUAACCACAGAGAGCCCUUGUAGCUCUGAAGCAGCAUUACAUGGGCUGAAAUGGAAACAAAGCUCUGUUGUUGCUGCUGUAGAAGACCCUCCGCUUCGGAAAGCAUACAGCAGUACAGCGAGGUCAGACCCUGAUGAAAAAAGCAACACUGUGACACAUCAGUUGCCCCCAAAUGUCGACCCAGAGGUGUUCAAGCUUCUCCCAGUGGAAAUCCAGAAGGAGUUGUUAUCUCCUGCCUAUGUAAACUCCCUUCCCAGCACUUCUACCAGCCCAUCAGCACCAGUUGAAGUCCCUGAUGUCCCCCACAUAACAAAAAACAAGUCACCACAAUCAUUUACAGACUUGCAAAAUACCGAAGACAUAAAAGAGGCCGUAAACGAAUUGGAUCCAUCUUACAGACUGACCACUGUGGAUCACAAGAGGCCUCCAGGCACGAGUGCAUUAUCGGGAGAGAACGUCAUGGAGGGAUGGAGACUGUCAUUACCCCGGUCUUCUGACUGCGAGUUCCCGGGAAAUGUGGACCCUGAGGUGUUUUCUGAGCUUCCGCCGGAUGUCCAAAGGGAGCUGAUGUCUGAAUGGAAGCAACAGAAGCCGGUCCUGAAGACCCCCUCAUCCAGAAAACCAGCGAGAAGCUUGCUGACCAAAGACAGAAAGGCUGCAGGAAAAGGCAGUCAGGCAAACAGUUUGUUGAAGUAUUUCAAACCCAGUUAGAGAGGGAGGCUGACAGGUUACCUCUGCUAAAGAUCAUUUAUGACAGAACAUGUUAUUUCAGUUUAAGAAAAUCUCAAAUUUUCUACUGAGUUGAUCGCACGUGAUAUAUACAGGGAGUGGACAAAAUAAAAAUAAAUAUUUAACAUUACAACUGCCCUUUAACAAGUAACAGUUUUGGGGAGGCUUUUUGGUUUCUGGUGACCAGUGACUAAGUUAAUUAAUCAUAUAUAACAGAUUAUAGCCUCACAAAUUACUCUUAACUGAGCUGAGUAAGGUUUUUCUGCAGUCUGCAGCAUCUCAACAGUACUCGAAUCUUUUAAAAGAAGCUAGUGAGUAGAUCUUAGCUAAGAGUUAAGAUCUUAUUUUAUUUUUUUGUAAAAGUACUGUCUCUAAACAUCAACAUUCUACAGUCGAUUUCAAUCAACAUCUCUGACAAUCCAAAAAAAAAAAAAAAGAAGAAAAGAAAAAGAAAAACCAGCUUGGUAUUUAUUUCAGGUUUUUUGUGAAGUGUAUCUGUUUU